GGUUACAAGAUACAAAUCUACUGCUGAGCAUCAAUCGGAUUCAACCAGGAAGUAUUAAGGCAAAAACGCGCGAUUCCUUCAGACUGAUGUCAAAACAUCGAUCUAUUGUGUGGAGUAUAGGUUAUUCCGAUUGAAAUUCGAUUCCUUCCCUGCUCACACACCACACGCGCCGCGGACCUCCGCCGACCGACUGUGUACGGAGUGAGCGCUGUGGUGGGCUGGUCGCCGCCACGCGAGGACGUCGAACAGUCAGCUGGAAGAGACCGACUCGCUAACUUCGGAAUGUCAAUACUUGGACGUUAUGGGCAACAGUGAGUUCACUCAGUGAUGGGACGCUGUAGGAUAUUGGGAGUGGGACACUAGCGUAAAGGUCGACAUGUAGACUUUGGAAGAAAGAUGGCAGCGUGGGACCAGACAGACGAUCCUUUCCUCUGAUGAUGAUGUUAUCCUUAUACGCCAUCAUCGCCGUCCCGUUUCUGAUGGCAGUCAUUGGCUCCCUACUGCUCAGUCUCGCCGUCCGUAUACAUGGCUUCUUCCGGUCACGUGCCUACCACCCAAAGCUCCACUACAGGGAAUCAACACUGACGCGACACCUACUCAGCAAAUGUCGCCUGCGAGAGCGGGUAUUUUCGCCCUCGUUUUGGAUACGCAAUCGUCACGUGCAAUCGAUUCUUGCAGCAAUAUGCCCUACGUUUGAUGUGAAUUUCGACAGGGAGUACUUGCAAAUGAGAGACAAGGGAGUUGUUGCCCUUGAUUGGGUUGUGAGUGUUCAACCAAAGAUCAAAAGAAAAAGGACUAUUUUGCUUAUCAUUCCCUCUAUAACAGGAAGUGCCCUUGGUGUUUCGUCAUUGUGUUACGACGCCACACAACGGGGAUUUAAAGCGGUGGUGUUUAACCGCAGGGGACACGGCGGAAGUGUUCUAACAACAGCCAAACUACAAAGUUCCGGCGACCCUUCCGAUUUACGGCAAGUCGUAAAAUACAUCAGGUUGAAAUUCCCGCGGUCUAAGUUAGCAGCUGUAGGUUACGGUACAGGGUGUGGGCUGUUGAUUUCCUAUUUAGGCGAGUUCGGUUCCUCGGCUCUCAUAUCUGUCGGCGCAUGUGUCUCCCCCUGUUACGACGCGUGUGAACGUUUCUCCUUGUCUAUGAGAAGUGUGUAUGACUACCUGUUUCUCCUGUUCCUCAAGGCCAUCCUGUGCCGCCACGCCCGGGCCUUGUCGGGUACGGUCGACGUGAAACAGGCUCUGAAGGCGUGGACGUUUCACAAAUACGAGGAGGAUGUUUACUGCCGAAUAUAUGGCUACGAUAGUAUGGAAGAGUUCUGGGAGAGGAACAACCCAAUCCGAGACGUGGACGACAUAUCGGUGCCAGUGCUAUGUAUCAAUAGUUUAGACGAUCCUUUCUAUGCCAAAAGUGAUAUUCCUUAUGAUCUCUUCAAAUAUUAUCCCAACUUUUUACUAGUGGCAACAGAGAAAGGGGGACAUUGUGGCUUUUUAGAAGGAUUUCCCCCCAAAUCAUGGGCAGAUAACUUGUGCCUGGAUUACAUAGAGGCAGUGUUUGAGUUUACCACGAAGGGCUACGCCAUGAACAGCCGCUGUGCCGUUCGCUCAACCAUAUAAGCUAUAUUCCCAAGAAGUAAAAUAUCAACAACGGCUGUGAAGAUCCGGGUUAGACCUGUUCUUCAGCAACCCAUGCUUGUCGGAAGAGGCGACUAACGGGUUCAGGUGACUCUCGUCGUAUCCCAAUGGCGAAGAUCGAUGCUCAUGAUGUCAAUCACUGGAUUAUUUACAGACCGCCGACAUUUAGCUGGAAUAUUACUGAGUGCGGCGUUAAUCAACAGACACACAAAUAUCAACAAGUUUUUGGGAAGAUUAUCUGAAUUUUUAACAGUUGCUGUGUUUCGGUUCCUUAAUAAGAAUCGGGUAGCCUAGUGGUUAAAGCAUUAGCUAUCACGCCGAAGACCGGGGUUUAAUUCCCCAAUAUAGGUACAAUGCAUCAAUCACACGUUUGGUGUCCCCCGCCGUGAUAUUGCCGAAACAUUGCUAAAGACGACGGAAAACCAUACGCACUCACUCCACUGCACCAAUUACAAGCACAGAGGGGGCACGGGUGGCCCAGUCGUCUAAGGCGCCGCGAUUCGCUGUGCAGAUGUGCGUCCCUUGGGCACGCCAGAAAC